AUGAAUCAAUAUGGCCAGGUGACGGAUAUAGUGCUUGAUAGAAUCACUUUACAAAGUAUGGAAAAGAAGCCAAACGAAAGUUUCAGGCAAUAUGCCCAGAGAUGGAGAGAAAUCGCUACGCAGGUUCAACCGCCACUACUUGAGAAGGAAACGACCAUGUUGUUUAUCAAUACCCUGAAAGCACCUUUCAUCAAUCACUUGCUAGGAGGCGCAACCAAGAGCUUUUCGGAUAUAGUAAUAUCUGGUGAGAUGAUAGAAAAUGCAAUAAGGUGUGGAAAGAUAGAAGCUGGGGAGAGCACCAAGAGGUCGGUCCCACGAAAGAGAGAAAAUGAAGUAAACAAUGUAAGUAGGAGUUAUGCAAAAUCGAUUACUGUAAAUCAAUCGAGAAUAGUAAACGCGAGUCAGCAAGCCUCGUCAAAGCAAGAGUCUGAUACAAAGCAGAAUACGGAAAAACUCCAGUUUACGUCCAUUCCAGUGACGUAUAAGAAGUUAUAUCAAUCUUUAUUUAAUGCACAUGUUGUAUCCCCGGUUUACCUGAAACCGAUGCAACCUCCGUAUCCCAAGUGGUACAACAAAAAUAUCCAAUACGAAUACCAUGUGGGAAUCACAGGACAUACGAUAGAAAAUUACACCGCAUUUAAGAGGUUAGUGGAAAAGCUCCUUGAAAUGGGCAUCAUAAAAUUCGAUGAGUCAUCUAGCGGGGAAAAUCCGUUACCCAAUCAUGCCGAUAAGGGGGUAAAUGCAGUAAUUGAGAAUAUUAGGAAGAGAUUUAGAAUGACUGUGGCUGAAGUAAGAAUACCAUUGAGAGAGGUUUGGAAGGAAAUAAUGAAGAGAGGGUUAAUCACACAGAGUUCGGGAAACAGACCCCAGAAAAUAGGGAACUAUUGUAAGUUCCAUGGUGAGGAGGAUCAUGAGAUCCAAGAAUGUGAUGAAUUUAGGGCCCUAAUACAGGAACUAAUGGAUAACAAAGAGCUGGAAUUCUUUGAAUAUGUACAAGAGAAAGAUGUAUGCACCUCGGAAGAAGGGUCGUUAGGAAAAGACUGUGAGAUUAAUCGCCCAAGGGUAAUUAUUUCACAGUCAAAGAUUAACGAAGUUGGAUUGAAAAUGGCACCAAGAAUAGUGAUACAGAAACCCGUUGCUUUCCCUUAUAAGGAUAGCAAAAGGGUACAUUGGAGCUAUAAUUGUAAUGUGACAAUCCCGGGAAGGAAGAACCAGGUUAACACGCAAGGGGAAGCCCAGGAUGUAGGUUUCCAUACAAAAGUCGAUUUAGUAAAAGGGAAAUCUUUAAUGAAGCAAGGGGAGGAGCUACUUAUUAAGGAGCCAAUAGCUGAGAAUGAGGCAAAGGAAUUUUUGAAAUUCUUAAAACAUAGUAAAUAUAGUGUCGUGGAGCAGUUACACAAACAGCCAGCUCGCAUCUCGGUACUGACCUUGCUUUUAAGCUCGGAGACACACCGUAACGCGUUAAUGAAGGUGUUAAAUGAGACCUAUAUUGCGAAUGACAUCACAGUAAACAAGCUAGACCGUAUUAUCAAUAACAUAAGCGGAGAAAAUUUUAUCUCAUUAGCGAGGAUGAAAUACUAUCGGGGGCUACCAAUAGAUAGCUCUCACAUAAAGACGUGUCAGAACAUGGUGAGAGCCUUUGACGGGACUGAAAGAAAGGUGAUGGGAAGGAUCGAAGUACCUCUUUUAAUUGGUCCGAAUACAUAUGAGGAUAUCAUUGCAUCUGUUACCAGUGAUGCACCAUACAUUAAGAAGGAUGAUGAGGUGUUGGAGUGUUCUUUUUGUUUGUUGGAAUUUGUGAAUGCCACUUUUGUUAUGGAGGGAAGUAAGAUCCAGAUACCCAAAAUGUCCAGUGCUAUGAAAAUGGGUUUACAACUGAUGGUUGAAAAUGGAGCAUUGCCUGGAAAAGGACUCGAAAAGUAUCUGUAUAGACGGGUUGAGGUACCGGUCUUGACUGAUAAGCGGGAUUACUUUGGCUUGGUAUAUGAGCCGGAUGCAAAACAAAGAAGGAAGGAAGUAGAGAAGAGACAAGAGAGACGAAGAGCACGGUUAAGUAGGCCAGAAGUUAAAUGGGAGCCAAUUAGCUUUCCUUACAUAUCCAAAACUUUUGUGUCGGGAGGAAUGAUCCAUCUUGAGAGCGGGAUAACAAGGGAAGAAUAUUUUGAAGACAUGUUCAAUAGCAUGAGCAUUAAUGUUGUACUUGGAGAAGAGUCCCCAGAUAUCAAUGACACGAGUAGUACUAAUAUGGACCCUGAAUCUCCUUUUGAGCAAGCUUUGUGCUUAGAGGGAUCUCAGGAUUUUGAAGAUGACGAAGAUUAUAGUUUAUCUCCGGACUUGUUAAGGAUGACAAGACAGGACCUUAUUAAAUUAUUACGAGAGUUCAAGGAUGUCUUUGCGUGGACGUAUCAAGAUAUACCAGGUUUAAACCCUAAUAUUACGGUACACCGUGUUCCCACAAAGAAGGAAUGCAAGCCGGUACAACAGAAACUCCGAAGGAUGAGACCCGGUAUGGCAGUGAACGUAAGGGAAGAGGUCAAGAAGCAAUUUGAUGCUGGUUUCUUACAAGCGGUUAAUUACUCAGAAUGGGUGGCUAAUGUUGUCCCUGCCCCUAAAAAAGAUGGAAAAGUGCGGAUGUAUGUGGAUUACAGAGACCUAAACAAAGCUAGUCCAAAUGACAACUUCCCAUUGCCUUAUAUUGAUACCCUAGUAGAUAAUACAGUGGGCUAUUCACUGUUCUCUUUUAUAGAUGGAUUCUCGGGGUAUAAUCAAAUUAAGAUGCAUUCUGAAGACAUGGAAAAGACUACGUUCAUAACUUUAUGGGGAACGUUUUAUUAUAAGGUAAUGCUAUUUAGUUUGAAGAACGCGGGAGCAACGUUUCAAAGGGCUAUGGUAACCCUCUUUCAUGACAUGAUGCAUAAAGAAAUCGAGGUUUAUGUUAACGACAUGAUCGCAAAGUCUCGAACAGAAAAUGAGCACUUACAAGUCUUAAGGAGGUUAUUUUUAAGGUUGAGGAAAUUUCAGCUUAAACUCAAUCCUACGAAAUAUACUUUUGGAGCCAGGUCAGGAAAAUUACUGGGUUUUUUCGUCAUUGAAAAAUGA